AUGGACGAUUUGUUUGAUGGCUACAUGGUGCUAGAUGGCAUAGGCGACUUUCUUGAGUCCAGUGUUCCGGCCAGCCAUCCCAAGGCACCUGUAGUUCCGCACACAGAACAGCAUACAGAAACAUCCAAACAAGCCAUAAGGCCCAAAAAAGAUAGUCUGGACAGUUCUGACCCAUGCAGCACUACUGUAUCUAGCGGCGAUACGGUGGCACCGGGAGGGUUACGACAACGACGCGGACACACUAAAAGUCGCCUGGGCUGCAUUCCAUGCAAGCGGCGCAAGAUCAAGUAUCCAUAUCUCAUGGAUGCUAUGCUCGCUUUAGCUGGAUCUCAUCUUGCUAUUCAAGUUGAGAACCCAAAAACUAGUCUUGCACUGCAACACCGACAAAAAGCAAUCGUCGGACUCGAGGAUUCCUUCUCUCGAUGGCCCCCAACUGCUGAAGAAUCACAUAUCAUGCUUGCUACAUCUUACUUGCUGUGCUUCCAAUCCAGCUACAUGGAGGACGGCUUUUUGGAGCAUUUCCUGUCUUUACGAGGAUGCUCGUUCCUUUCCCAGCUAAUCUUAGGCGAAGGCUUCCGUGGUCCUUUCUCUGAUCAAAAGGCCUUGGGCAUGAUACGUAUGGACACAACGUUUUGCAAUUUCCCCGUGGUGGACCAGGAACUUCUACGCGAAGCUCUACUAUCAAUAAAGGGACUUUCUAGUCUGAUGACUGGACCCAUUGCGCAUCCCAUCGAGAAGGCCAUUGUCGGACAGCUCAUCGAAACGCUUCAAUGUCUUCUGGUCUCAGAAAAUAACACAACUUCAAUACCAGGUACACCUUUAGUACCAGGUUUUACAAAAGCAAGCACUCUACCACAAAUGGCUUCGGGUCCCAACUCACCUUCCGAUCUCUACGCGUUCGCCAACCCGAUUCUACCAGGAGACCUCGGCGUGGUGUUCGACAAGAUUGACUGGGAAAAUCUCACGACUGCCCCACCAGGCGCUCCAUACCCGCUCCAGUCCUUUAUUGCUGUCAUGGCUAUCCUCACCAUCUUCUCUACCUGGCCGCAUGACGGGCUCAUGCAUGUCUUUGAUCCCACAAACCAACUCGGCAACGUCGUCAUGGCGCACUUUUGCGCCAUACGGUUCGUCCUAUCACCGCUAUCGGCGCCUAGGAAUGCAUUGACAACCCCUAUAAGGGCGACUGCUCAAUGGUCCGCCCGGAUCAUAGCCGCCAUAGAUGACGAUGAGAGUGGGGAGUGGGCCCAGUAUGUGGAAUGGCCGAAGAAGAUACUUCGGUGUAUGGAAGAGUGUAUUGAGAAACACAAAGGCUUCACCAUGGAGGGUGUACGUGAUAUGCUGUUGCGCGAUCCUGGGGCGUUCAAGGAAGGAAGAGGACGGAAUUACUGA